AUGUAUCGAUAUAUCGCGUAUGUGGUUCUGCUAUCAGUUCGUGUUAAUACAAAUCCGAAUAAUAAUCUAAAUUCUGAAAAAAUACUAGAAGAAAAUACUAAUAUAGCUAUACUGAUCAAAGGAAUUGAUGUAAAAGAAGACAACUAUGCAAAAAAGGAUGUAAUUAACGAUAUUGCAGAUCUUAAAUAUGAGGAUUUAUAUGUGAAUAUUGGACCAAAAGCCAAAGCUGAAUAUAAACGCAUACCUAGAGAGACAGAUGACGAUUACGAUGAAGGUGGCUUUAUUAGUACAAACAAUAAGACCGACCAUGAUUUCGUCGACAACAUCUCAAAUUGUCCUGACAAUUUCACGAGGUCACCGUGGGGCAAAUGCAUUUCGUGCGAUGAGCACAUGAGGAUUUUCGGAAAAACUGGAAAAGACUGCUAAGAACAGAAGAGUUGAGUUAAAAUAAACCCAAGUUCUGAUAGCAAAAGUACAUUGUACCUAUUCCUUUAAAGAAUAAUAAAUAUAUU